GAUCCAGAACUGCAGGUUCCCCUCUUUAUCGUGUUCACCCUCAUCUACCUCAUCACUCUGGUUGGAAACCUGGGGAUAAUAGUGUUGAUUCUGUUGGACUCUCGUCUCCACACUCCCAUGUACUUUUUCCUCAGUAACCUGUCUCUGGUGGACCUUUGUUACUCUACAGCUGUCACUCCCAAGGUCAUGGCUGGAUUACUUAUAAGAGACAAGGUCAUCUCCUACAGUGCGUGUGCUGCUCAGAUGUUCUUUUUUGCAGCCUUUGCCACUGUGGAGAGUUACCUGUUGGCUUCAAUGGCCUAUGACCGCUAUGCAGCAGUGUGCAAACCCCUCCAUUACACCACCACCAUGACGACAGGUGUGUGUGCACGUCUGGCCAUAGGUUGCUACACCUGUGGUUUCCUGAAUGCCUCUAUCCACACUGGAGAAACGUUCAGACUCUCCUUUUGUAUGUCCAAUGUGAUUCAUCAUUUUUUCUGUGAUGUUCCUGCAGUCAUGGUUCUUUCUUGCUCUGAUAGACGUGUCAGUGAGCUGGUUCUUGUUUAUGUAGUGGGCUUCAACAGCUUUUUUGCUCUCACGGUCAUCUUGAUUUCCUACAUAUUCAUAUUUAUCACCAUCCUAAAGAUGCACUCAUCUACAGGAUAUCAGAAGGCUUUAUCUACCUGUGCUUCUCACCUCUCUGCAGUCUCCAUCUUCUAUGGGACACUCAUUUUUAUGUACUUACAGCCCAGUUCCAGCCAUUCCAUGGACACAGACAAAAUGGCAUCUGUGUUCUACACCAUGGUCAUCCCCAUGCUGAACCCUGUGGUCUAUAGCCUGAGGAACAAAGAGGUUAAGAAUGCAUUCAUGAAGGUCGUUUCAGAGGCAAAAUUAUCUUUAAGAUUGUGA